CUGAUGUAGGUUAACACAAAAACAAUAAAGUCAAAUUUUUAUUAAUAAUGGGUUCAGAACAGUCUAGUCAAAUUAAUGUAGAAACCCAACUUAAACCCAAGGAUAAAUCUUAUUUAAGAAGGCAACAUACUAUUGCGAAUCCUGGAAGCAAUAAUAUUUCAGAAUCAAGUGAUACUAUUCGAACAGGGUCUGUUUCUCCAGGGCUUAGUGUGUGUAGUGACGUAGAUCUCCCUUAUAUAAGUUACACAGUUAAUAGACCAAUUGGAGAUUCACCUAAGUUAGCUAACAAGCAACUUAUAAAAAGCAAGUCCACAACCACCAGAAGACUUCAAUCAUCGAAACCUGCACCAAAAUCUAAGAAUUCACGCAAUAUUGUUGUUGUUCGAGAGGCUGAAACAAUUUCAAAUGUAACAGAUAAAGAUCCGGAUGUUUUACGCUUACAGAGCAUACCAAUGUUUUUGCCAAUAAUGAGGGCAACUUUGAGCCUUCCUGCGGCGAGGGAUCCAGAGGUAUUAGAAAGGCUGGACCCAACACCUAUUAGAAACCUAUGUUUGAGAUAUCAACAUCAUUUGACUUCUUCUGCCAAUCUUGUUGCAACUGAGCAAAACUUAUUAACACAGAAAAUCAGAGAGGUGGAUGCUGACAUCAGCAAAAUUGUAACAGUUGCAACAGAUAACCAGAAAAAGUUUGCAAAGUAUGUAGAGAAAUUUUCAAAAGUGCAAGAACUAUCUCACCAAUUGAACAGGUGUCAUAUGCUUUUAAAUGAAAUCUUGGAAUCAAUGGAAACUUUGAAUAAUCAUUUAGAUAUUGAAGACAGACUUGAACCUUUUGUGUGGACUACUGGAUGAGAUUAGGUUUUACAUGUUUAAUGGUUGAUCUCAUUAAUUAUAAUGUUUUUCAUAUUGUGCAGUUAUAAACAAUUUUAAUUUUCUGGGGGAUCACUUUAAUAUUCUGAAAAAUUGUUAAACAUAUUUACAGAGUUAAUUGUAAAAAAUAUAGCAUCUGAUUUUUUUUUUAAAUAUAAUUGUAUAAAUUAUGAAAUACUCUCAUCUAGCUUAGGUA